GAACCCACACAUUUUAAUUAGAGACAAUUGAGUCCUUUAUCCUUAUCCGUCGUCUUCAGAUGGCAAGUCUCUCCAUCUCCGCCGUGGCUCUGCCUCCGUUUCGGCUCCAGACACAGGCUCGUCUUACGAAACUCAGCUACCGAACGCGCCUUCACUCUUUCAAUUUCGAACCAAUAAGGAUUAGCACGAAGAUUAGAAGUUUGGGUGGGAAUCGGAGAGAGCCCAAUGAUUCGAGGUUCGUCAAUGAAAGUGGCGUAGUUGAUGACAUGGAAGGUCUCUUAGACAAUCUAUCUCUAGAAUACGACUCCGUUUGGGACACUAAACCCUCUUGGUGUCAGCCAUGGACGAUAAUGCUAACAGGUGUAUCAAUAGUGGCAUGUAGCUGGCUAAUACUACACUCGGUCGUCGUUUCAUCGCUUGCUGUUGGUUCAAUUGGCGCUUGGUGGUACAUUUUCCUUUAUAGCUACCCAAAGUCGUAUUCAGAAAUGAUUGCUGAAAGAAGGAAAAGAGUAUCUGAUGGCUUUGAAGAUAUAUACGGCAAAAACAAGACUUAAUAGUAGGAUCUUCCCCAAUCCUCUCUACAUAACAUUCGUUUCUUGCAUAAAUCUUUCCCUCUUGUAUAAUAACAGUCAUCUAUGGGUUUUAGCUCACUUCAGUCACAGGCUCACACAGCUGUUUGGGAUACAAACUACAAAGCUCUUGAUUUCAAUUCAAACACCCACGAUGAAUGUAGUGGGCAUUAUAAAAAUCGAAUUGAACC